CUUGGGAGACGCCCCGCGAGACCGUCCAGCCCUGGGGUGCAGGGUGGUUUCCGUCGCACCCCAAGCUUCUUAACACCUCUUGGGCUCAGGCCUAGCUGGCUUAGCUAAGGCCGCUGAGGGGCGGGAGAGACUUGAUUUGCCUGACGAUUUCCUGGUUUUUGCUGGUUUUGAUGGUGGAUGUUAGUUUGCAUCUUCCUCCACUUUCAUGGAAGCAAAAGUCUGGAAGUUCCCUUCCACCGAGACUCCCAGGUGACUAUGAAAGGCUUAUAUUUUCAACAGAGUUCUACAAAUGAAGAAAUAACAUUUGUGUUCCAAGAAAGGGAAAAUCUUCCUGUUACAGAAGAUAACUAUGUGAAACUUCAAGUUAAAGCUUGUGCUCUGAGCCAGAUAAAUACAAAGCUUCUGGCAGAAAUGAAGAUGGAAAAGGAAUUCUUUCCUGUUGGGAGAGAAGUUGCUGGAAUUGUGUUAGAUGUUGGAAGCAAGGUAUCAUUCUUUCAACCAGAUGAUGAAGUAGUGGGAAUUCUGCCCCUGGAUUCUGAAGACCCUGGACUUUGUGAAGCUGUUCGAGUCCAUGAGCAUUACUUGGUUCACAAACCAGAAAAAGUCACGUGGACAGAAGCUGCUGGAACCAUCCGGGAUGGAUUACGAGCCUAUACAGCCCUGCAUUACCUUUCUCAUCUCUCACCUGGAAAAUCCGUGCUGAUAAUGGAUGGAGCAAGUACACUUGGUACAAUAGCCAUUCAGUUAGCACACCACAGAGGAGCCAAAGUGAUCUCAACAGCCUGCAGCCUUGAAGACAAGCAGUUUCUUGAAAGAUUUAGGCCUCCUAUAGCUCGAGUGAUCGAUGUGUCUAAUGGGAAAGCCCAUGUGGCUGAAAGCUGUUUAGAAGAAACAGGUGGUCUCGGAGUGGACAUUGUCCUAGAUGCUGGAGUGAGGUUAUAUAAUAAAGAUGACGAACCAGCUGAAAAAUUACAACUACUACCACAUAAACAUGAUAUCAUCACCCUUCUUGGUGUUGGAGGCCAUUGGGUAACAACAGAAGAAAACCUGCAGCUGGAUCCUCCAGAUAGUCAUUGCCUUUUCCUCAAGGGAGCAGCAGUGGCUUUCCUUAAUGAUGAAGUUUGGAAUCUGUCAAAUGUACAACAGGGAAAGUAUCUUUCUACGUAUCUUAAAAGAUGUGAUGGAGCAGUUAUCAACUGGUGUUUUUAGACCUCAGUUGGAUGAACCCAUUCCACUAUACGAGGCAAAAGUUACCAUGGAAGUUGUUCAGAAAAACCAAGGAAGAAAGAAGCAAGUUGUUCAUUUUUAAUAUUCUCUCUCAGACCUCAGCUGGAUGAACCAGUUCCAGUAUUUGAAGCCAGAGCUUCCUUGGAGAUUGUUCAUAAAAGUCAAGGAACCUAAAAGCAAGUUUUGUGUUUCUAAACAUAUUUUCCUGCUGAAACAAGAUGCUCAUUUAUUUGAAGUAUUUGAAAAAAAUUAUCGUACAGACGGUCGAGACAGUUGUAAAAUUUAACACCUAAAGGGAAUAUUCUGAAAGCCUUUUAAAGUAUUGUCCCUAUAUAUUUGCCUCUUAUAAAUUCUUUACAUGAAGAAAAAUUGUCAUCGGAAUCCACACUAUGUCGACCAAGCUGUUGGGAGUCUUGCUAUGUCAAAAUACUUUUCUGAUCAGCUCUUUUCUCAAUACUUACCCUCUUUAAACAUCCUUUGCUGUCGUAAUUUAAUACUUGGAAUAUAUUUUCAAGUAUCAAA